UUUUAUUUUUGAAUAUCUUAUUGAUGAAUUAGACAAUUUGAAAUAAUAAAAACAUCGUAUCGCUGACACGAUACAAAGUUAGAUUCGACUUCCCUUAUUGUCCUAUAUAAAUAGGAUACAACCACCAAUGCAAAAUAACAAAACCUAUUCGAUCUUUCGUCGAUACAGUGGCUAAGUUGUACAACACCGAGACACUCGCGUCUUCUUCUGCGCUUUUUUGUUAAGCGUCACAAGUGGCCAACAUCCGAAUCACUUGCCGCAAACGAAAGACGACACUAAUCUUCGUUUAGAAUACGAAACUUUGAAAACUCGUUUUGAGGAGUUUGUUGGCGCCGUUGAGAUUCAAUUUGACCGACUGAAAGAGGAAAUUCGACAGUUAAAAACGAAGGUCAGCGACAGCGAAAAAGAUUUACAUAAUACGGGUGAUGUCGCCUCAUCUAAAGGUGGAAUUCCAAGAUCUUGUCACGAAGCCCGAUUGGCUGACCCUUCAUUGUCCACCGGCGUUUACUGGAUCGAUCCCGACGGCCAAGGUGUUGGAGACGACCCCAUCCAAGUAAAUUGCGACAUGUCCUCAGGAACGACAAUUAUUGGACACAACACCGAAGUAGCGACUAACGUUAGCCAUUGCACGGAACCCGGGUGUUAUACGAGACCAAUCGUGUACGAAGCCUCACCAAAACAGAUCGCAGCGGUAACCAAAAUUUCAGUAGAUUGUCGGCAGUCAAUUAAGUACGAGUGCUACUCAGCUCCACUGCAGUUUGAUGGCAUCGAAUAUUCCUGGUGGAACGACCGGAACGGUAACGAACAAUAUUACUGGCACGGUAACGAUAACUCCACGCAUAUGUGUUCGUGCGGAAUUGCAAAAAUGUGUGUCGAUCCUAGCAAAAACUGCAACUGUGACGCGAUCGUUCCUGUUGACUUAGUCGACGAAGGUGAGAUAACUGCGAAGGAAAGUUUGCCCAUUACACGUUUGAAUUUCGGAAGAACGACCCCUGAAGCGUCGAGUGGCAUUCACACUUUAGGAAAAUUGAAAUGCUCCGGCCAGAAGUUGGUCGACGGAAUGCCAACCUCUUGCGUGGAAUUGUGGCAGGUCGGUCAUGUCCUUAACGGCUUAUACUUGAUCAAGGGCGCGUCUCAAGUAGAAACGGUUUACUGUGAUUUUACCAAAGCUUCAACCGACGCAGGAUUUGAAACGUGGAUUGGCUUUGCUGAUGUUAAAUCUUCAUCUGUUUAUUUUUAUGUACAGAAGAAUACGGUUUUCUCAACUACUAACUCUGUCAUUCCAUUCGAAAUCACAAGAACUAAUGUGGGGAAUGCCAUGAACCCUUCGACUGGAAUAUUCACAGCACCUAGACCGGGGAAAUAUUUUUCGGUUAUUCUGGUAGGCCUAUUGCUAAUAACAUUGAAGGGUCCCAUGCUGCACGCGUUGAUUUACUGUUGAAUGGUGUUAGAAUGGGACAAGCAUGUAGUGUAACCAGUCUCGAUACAUUUGCACUCCAAUCCACUUUGGAGCUUAAAGAAGGAGACCAAAUAACACUGCGUUCUUGGUAGUCGGAGGAAUUUACGACAGCGCCGCUUACUAUACAAAUUUUGUCGGCUGGUUGGUCGAAGAAGAUAAUGUGUUCAAUGUGAAGUGACAGACACAGCAUAUGCCGAAAAUCCAAUUGUGACGCGGAAAUAUAGUAUAGCCUACAUGUUUCGUGCGUUUCCGCUGCUAGGGUAAAUUAAGUAGAAAUUUUGCGUCAAUUAAUUUUUAAAUAGUUGCUUUAACUGAUGUUAUUCGAUUGAAAAAUAAUACAUCAAUAAAUCAAGUGUUUCCGGUGGUAAA